AUUCGAUAGAAAAUUGACCCGCCAAAAAUCUUCGACUUCAUAUCCCUUCUCUUUCCUUUCCCUUCGACUCUGAGAAAACGGACAACUCUCUUGCAGGACAACACCGGACUUGUGACUGUACUUUUGGACGUUGCAUAAAACCUUAACCAUCAUGGCGAGCAAUGGCGAAUUGAAACAGAGAAGUGAGGGCGAAGUACUGGAUGAGAAGGCCUUACUACAAAGGCAGGUCGACGGUCUUGCGACGGAUCGGUCCUCGUCAGGAAGUGCCCAGACGACGAAGAACCUCUUGUUUUGCGUCGGAGGAAUUUAUGCGUCUUUUCUCACAUGGGGUGUUCUUCAAGAACGCAUCACAACAACCGAGUAUGGUAAUUCUCUGGCUCCGGAAAAGUUCAACUCUCCAGUGUUCAUCAACACAAUACAAUCGACAUUCGCGGCAUUACUUGGAUAUCUUUACGUGCUAUUCACACGCAAGCAGCCACACGACCUUCCUAUUUUCCCAAGCCGCAGCAUCGUGUUUCCCAUGUUCUUGGUUGCAAUCACGUCCUCUCUGGCUUCUCCUUUUGGAUAUGCAUCUCUGAAGCAUGUCGACUACAUUACUUUCAUCCUGGCCAAGUCAUGCAAGCUUCUCCCAGUCAUGGCUCUGCAUGUAACACUCUUCCGCCGCAAGUACCCUCUUUACAAGUACUGCGUUGUGGCACUUGUGACAGCAGGUGUAGCUGUGUUCACUCUGCAUCAUCCUACCUCUUCCAAGAAGAAGGGAGCAGAUGGUAGCAGUGCAUGGGGACUUCUUCUUCUCGGCAUCAACUUGCUUUUCGACGGCCUGACCAACUCGACUCAGGACCACAUUUACAAGUCGUACAGACCUUACACCGGACAACAGAUGAUGUGUGCACUCAACAUGAUCAGCACCGUGCUGACAUCGGUGUAUCUAUUUGUUUCUCCAUACAUUGCUUCUACACCGGUCGGAGCAUAUCUCGGUAUGAGUGCCAGUUCGGGAGGUGAAUUGAAUUAUGCCAUCGACUUCAUCACAAGACACCCAAGUGUUGGUUGGGACAUUUUCGCGUUUGCAGCCUGUGGUGCUUUGGGUCAAAUGUUUAUCUUCUACACUCUUUCAACCUUUGGAUCGCUCCUUUUGGUCACCGUCACAGUCACCAGAAAGAUGCUCACCAUGAUUCUGUCAGUGGUCUGGUUCGGUCAUCGUCUCAGCCCCAUGCAAUGGGUUGGUGUUGGCCUGGUAUUUGGCGGUGUCUUUGUUGAAGCACAGCUUUCUAAGCAAGAGAAGCUUGCCAAGGACAGAGCAAAGCAGGUGGAGGUGAAGAAGUCUUCUUGAGUAGACAAAACAUGGUACUUUUCAUAUGUAAAAAGUCGAGUUCAUUACAGUAGGAGUGCAGGCAACUCCGGAGAAGAAUCAGAAUAGAGCACUAGAAGAUUCGGGUAUACAUGCUUCCGAGCAGUACUACUGUUCAUCUUUACUUGGCAAACUCAUGGCCUCAUCAAAUAGGUAAAGCUGUCGCAAUUCGCAAGAACCUGUUUCCAUGGC